CUCCAACCGCUGGAGGGCCUCUCCCUUCUCCUUUCUUUUCUCUCCUACAUAGCAAUCUUUAUAGGCAUCUUUCCUGGUUCCCCAUAGAUCUUAUAUUUCUGUUCUCUUUUUUGUUGCCACCGCUUCCAUAGCUUUGUGGCAAAGCUAUCUUCCUCUCUGGUUCUCUCCUCUUUCGGUUGAUGAUUCUGAUUUCUCAAAUCAAAGAAAGGAAAAUCAAGACUUUAUCCCACUGCUUUAAUUCCUCCUCUGCUCUAUUUCUCUUGCAAAGCCCUCUCCUUGUCCUUAAUGUGGCUUUGGGUUUUUGAGGCUCCUGGUUCCCAUGCCAAACCUUUCAACCUCCCCCAACAACUUGGGUGUUUUUGAUCAAGAAAUCUAUCUUCAUGCUCAUCACCCACUUCUUGAUGUUUGAGACUCAUGUCUCCAAUUCUCAGUGAGAUCCUUCUCUGUGGGUAUAUAAUCUCCUCUUCAUUUAGGCGCAGGACCCACCUUGUUCAAUCCUUCUCGGUUGUCUUCCUCUACUGGCUCUACUAUGUCUCAUGAUUCAACUCUCGAUUCCUGCUAAUAUAUGUAAUAGCUACCUUUUCUGAAUAAAUCUGAAGCUGAAUAUCAUCUGGGUCUUUCUUUAGUUUUAUAUUCUCCCCCCACUUAAUUGCUCUGAAAAGAGAGAAAAAAUUUCUGCACAAAGCACAAGAUUUUCACAAAACACUGGAGUUUGUAUCUGCAUCGAUGGCAUCUCCUUGUGGGACGUCUUCAGGGUCGUCCCUGGUUCGGAACUCGGCCUCCGAGGAGGAAUUGCAGGUUGUCAUGGACCAGAGGAAGAGGAAGAGGAUGAUCUCGAACCGCGAGUCGGCGCGGCGGUCCCGGAUGAGGAAGCAGAAGCACCUGGACGAUCUGAGGGCUCAGGCCGCUCAGCUGAGCAAGGAGAACCACCAGAUCGGGACCAACAUCAACAUCACCACACAGCAUUACUUGGGCAUUCAGGCUGAGAACUCUGUGCUGAGAGCCCAGGUGGGUGAGCUUAGCCACAGGUUGGAGUCACUGAAUGAGAUCAUCAGUUACUUGAAUGCGAACAAUCGGGUCUUUGAAUCUGGGGUUGCCUACAGCGGCCCAAUCGAGCCUGUUGACGAGUUCCUGAACUCGAACCCAUUUAGUCUUGGCUUUAGCAAUCAAGCUAUCAUGGCUUCUUCAGAGAUUUUUCAGUGCUGAUUUUGUCUAUGUGCAGGGGUUAUUUUGGGUUUGGGCGAUAAAGUAUGUUUUAGUAUAUCAGCAUAAGUGUACUUUCUCGUAAUGUAAGUGUUACUCUCAGUCAUAUAAUGAUUUUGUCUCUA